AACGUGACAAUGUCCGCACAGUAACGUCUUCUUUCUGCCCGUCACUGUUCACUUCAACUUUCAUUCUCUCUCUCUUUCGCUUUCUCUCUCUAUAAAUUGCGUCCUCAUAUACAAUCACAGAUUCCCAUCUCCUUCCUCCUUAUCGGGCACCAGAACAGACAAAAUUAAAUUUCAACGACUUGUCUACCCUCCCCAAUUUUCUUCUCCCCUUCCUCAAACAAUGCAUUAGCUCUGCGUCGAUUUCUUCGUCGUCGGAGGGUUAGGGUUUUUGGUCGCUGUUGGAUUGUGGAAACAAAAUUGAAAAAUCGGUGGGGGAAAAAAAAAAGUUAAAUCUGUGGUCUGGUGAAGUUUGUAGAUUCAGUUGAAGAGGGAGGCAAAGAUGAGGCUCUUGAAGUUUAUCGACGCUUCUGAUUCUCCGAUUCUCUGCGGAUAUCUGAUCGUGGAAGCUCACCGCAAAAGGUAUUCGUCUAAGAUUCCCUCCGACAUGGUGCUGUUCUUAGGGUUAGGGUUCAUAGAUUGGUAAUCGUUUGAAAUUAGGGUUUAGCUUUAAUUUCUUAAUUUGGGGGAAAAUUCCGGUUACUCUGCUUUUGAAUUCGAUGUUUCUCAUCUCUCUAUUGGUGGUUUACUGAGAAUUCAUAGGCUUUAUACAUCACAUCCGUGUUGAAUUUCUUUAGUUUGGGAUUAAGAUUUAGGGUUCAUGUGAAUUGAAUUUCGAUUUUAUAUGUUUCCUGCUGCUGUUCUUAUUGAAUUGUCCUUAAGUUGGAUUUGGGAUUGGAAUCUGUUGUUGGAGAAAUGGUUUUCGAGAUGAAUGAAUUCAGAGCUUCCAUGGAUUUGGAUGUCUGAGAUUGGGAUUGAGGAAAGAUUGCAGAUAUUAAUUAGAGAUUGUUUUCGAGUUUAUGUCGAAAAUUUGCCUAAAGAAGAAGAUAGUUUUCGAUAUGGAGGAGACACUUCUUACAACCUUAGCAAUAGACAAUCAUCAUCACCCAUCAACUCUGUUAUCGAUGGAUUCAAGCGCAUCAUCUUCGCACGAAGAUUUAGACCUCGAGAUGAAUCGAAAUGUCGUUUUACCCCGCCCGCCGGAUAUAAAUCUACCCCUUUCCGUCGAGCAAAGCCCCCCGCCGCCGCCGCCGCCAUCGUCGUGGAAUCCCGACAAUUCCAACAUUCUUGACGUCGGGAUCGGGGCUCAUAUCUACGAAAAUGAGAAUUGUAUUACGGUCCCGAAGAUCCUUCGAAAGUGUACGAAACGGGUCGAUAGUAUUUGGGGCGCGUGGUUCUUCUUCACCUUUUACUUCAAGCCCGUCCUCAACGAGAAAUCGAAGGCGAAAAUACGGCGCGACCGUAACGGGAUAACGGGGUUCGAUAAAUCCGACCUUCAGCUUAAUGUCUUCAUGGUCCAACAUGAUUUGGAGAAUUUGUACAUGUGGGUUUUCAAGGAACGGCCAGAAAAUGCGCUCGGGAAAAUGCAGCUUCGAAGUUACAUGAACGGACAUUCACGCCAAGGAGUUCACCCGUUUCCGUUUAGCGUCGAUCGCGGCUUCGUUAGGUCACACCGAAUGCAGCGGAAGUAUUACCGUGGGCUCUCAAAUCCGCAAUGCGUUCAUGGAAUCGAGUUCGUGCCGUCCCCGAGCUUGAUGAAUCUUGACGACGACGAUCGGAGGAAAUGGGCGGAACUUACCGGGAGAGAAUUGGAUUUCACGAUCCCGCCGGAAGCGAGCGCGUACAGUUCUUGGAGAAAUCUGCCGAAUACGGAAUUCGAAGUCGAGAAAACUUCUCCGGUGAAGGCGAGCGCGAGUCUCUUCCCUCGGUCGACGAAAUUUCCAGUGGCAUCGGUACUGAAUUUCGGCGGCAGCGACGCGGCAGAUCUCUCGCCGCCGCGCGGAAACAAAAGAAAGAAAGAAUUUUUACUGCAGGACAACGACGACGACGUCGAAUCGAGCCAAUUUUCGUGGCUGAACGGAUUCACCGGGGUGCUGAGAGACGUUUACGGUCCCGUUACGGCGGCGAAGACGAUUUACGAGGACGAACACGGGUACCUAAUUAUGGUGAGUUUACCGUUUGUCGAUCUCGGGAGGGUGAAAGUUUCGUGGAGGAAUACGCUGACGCACGGGAUCGUGAAAGUGUGUUGCACGAGCACGUCGAGGGCGACGUACGUGACGAGGAAUGGGAGGACGUUUAAGCUGAUGGGGGGGUCAUCGGAGCACUGCCCCCCGGGGGAAUUUGUAAGAGAAAUCGCGCUCGCGAGCCGAAUCCCGGAGGAUGCGAACAUCGAGGCUUAUUAUGACGGGGUUGGGACGGUGCUCGAGAUUAUGGUCCCGAAGAUCCAACAAGGAGCGGAGGAACAUGAGGUUCGGGUGUGUCUUCGUCCUCGCCAAGUUUGUCGAGGUAAUGAAUGAUCGACAUUCUUUCUCAUACCUUAACUUCGUCGAGGUAAUGAAAUGAUCGACAUUCUUUCUCAUAUCUUAAAUUUAUGUGUUUAUAUAUAUAUAUAUAUAUAUGUGUGUGUGUGUCUAUAUGUGUUUAUUUGCUUAUGUUGUUGUGAUUGAGGAUUGAUUGAAUUUGUGUUGUGUUAUGGGGACAUAGUUUGAGGUAAUAAUAUUGCAGCUUGUGUUGUAUACAUUCUUACAUUGUGUUGGAUGGAUCAAUUAUAGUAUGUGUUAUUUGGGACAAUAUAUUGUUGUGUGUGGUUAGUUUUUAAGUAUUAUGUUAAUAUUUCUUUCUUGUU